AACAACACAGUGUCAACGUUCCGAAAAAUUAUUUGCAAUAAAUAGAAACACACAGUAGUUCUCCAAGUUACUUAACGAUACGAAGAAAACAAAGUGCUAUUUGCGUGUUACGCAUAUCAAACAGUGCAUAUUGUAUAAUUUUGCGAUAAUUACGAAGACCAAAAUUGAAGAAGACGCAAGUGGAGGGUAGGUUACGAAUAUUCAUUUAUAGACAAUUCUCAAUAUUGUAGAAGACUGUCAACGUCAAAGUCACCGUAGUGUUGCCAGCAACGAAAAUUAAAACUCCCCAUUAAAUAUGGAAAAUCAAUUCGAACUUUUAUACAGCAAAUUGAAAAUAGAAAUGCAAAAACAAACACUAGAAUUAACCAAUAAUAUUAUGGAGAAAAUAGACGAAAAAAUUAAACCUGUCCUUGAAGAAAACAAAAAGCUGCGAAAUGAACUAGUAAAAUUAGAGAAAAAGGUGGAAUAUAUGGAAAGAGAUAAAAAAUUUAACAAUAUCAUAAUUUAUGGGAUGAAAGAAGAAGAAGAGUCUACGUUAGAACUAUUUACAAAAGUAAAGGAAUGCUUUUUACAAGAAUUGGAAAUAAAUGUAGAAGAAUGGGAAAUAAACAAAAUACACCGUAUUGGAAACAUACAAAAAAGUGGAAAACAGAGGCCUGUACUCCUUUCUUUUGUAAGCGGAUGGAAAAAGAGGGAAAUUAUGGAAAACAAAAAGAAACUAAAGAAUAUAUAUAUUGCAGAAGACUACUCCAAGGAAACACUAGAAAAAAGAAAGGCACUACAACCUCAGCUUAUAGAGGAAAGGAAAAAAGGAAAUUUUGCCAUCAUUAAAUAUGAUAAAUUAAUUGUUAAAAGAAACACUAUAAAGGAGAAGAGGAAAAGGCAGACACCUACCCCUCCUGAAACGGAUGCACAACCGAGGAAACAAAAGACAUUAAACACUUUGUCCAACAAGAGAAUUAACGCAUUUGAUAAAAUGAAAGGUCGAUCGCUAUCCUUUACUGGAAACCUAGACGCUGAAGAACAAUAACAACUAAACACUGGUCACCGGAAACAGCAAACAAAUAAUAAACAGAACAAAGUAAUUGACAA